AUGUGCAAUAAAUUAAUAAAACAUAAUUUUAACUUUUGUAAAUUGAAUGCUCUAGUAAUUUUACAUAAUUUAUAUUAGAUAUUUAAAAUUGGGUUCUAUGAAGAAGGGAUAAAAUAAGGUUUAUGGAAGAUAACAUAUGACAAUAUCAAACUGUAAUUUUAAUAUCAAUCAGUAGAGGAGGAGGCAUAUAUAAUUAGAAUGGAAGAAAAGAGGGGUUUUGGAGGAAAUUAUUCAAAUUAAUAGGACCGUAUAAUAAUUGUUAUAAAAAUAAAGUCAAAUUUUUGUAGUUUUUGAAGGAAAAUAUAAUGAUGGCAAAAAAUAAGAUUAAUGGAAUUAUUUAUGGAUUGAACCUUUGAAUAGAAAUAAUAAAAUUAUGUAUGAAAUUUAGAAAUGUUUUAGAGGUGGUGGGAAUUAUAACAUUGAAGGGUAAAAAUUAGGUUAAUGGAAGACUUUAAGCAAAAAAUUUACAGAGUAGAUAUAACUUUAAGGUUUAGAGAUUUCUAAGUUAUUUAUACUGGACUUUAUUGUAGUGGUAUUAAACAAGGUUAAUGGGAUAUUUGUUUUACAAGAAAUCAAAAAGCAAGCUUAAAAAGACUGUUUAAAAUUAUAUAUUUAAAUUUUUAGUGGAGGAGGGCUUUAUGAAAAUGGAGUGAAAAUUUAAAAAUGGAUAAAAUUAUCAAAUAAUUUUUCAGAGUUUAUUUAAAAUAAUAUUUAAGAAAUUGUAAAAUUUUAGUUUCUGGAAGUUAUAGUUGGGGUAUAAAAUAAGGAGAAUGGUUAUAUGAAUAGAUUAAGAAUUCAUUUUAAAGAUAAAACUAAAUAUUGUAAUUUAUCUUAAUAAUUUAUAAGAGCAGGAGGAAAUUACAAAAAUUAUGGUUAGAAAGUGGGAAAUUGGAUAGAAUUACAUUAAGAUUAUAAUGAGUAAGUAUUAAAUUUUUAUCUUUUGAAAUUGUUAA